CCGUGCGGGCGGCGGCGAGGCGCGGGCGCGGGCGCGGCGGGAUGGCGGGGCCCAACGGGGACCCGCACGUGGUGGGCGGCGGCCCCGGCGACGACGACGACGGGGACGGCGGUGACACCUUCGGGGAGGAAGAAUAUGCAGCAAUAAACUCCAUGCUGGACCAGAUCAACUCCUGCUUAGAUCACCUGGAGGAGAAGAAUGAUUAUCUGCACACCUGCCUGAAGGAACUGCUGGAGUCCAACCGCCAGGCCCGGCUGGAGUUCCAGCAGCAGAACGAGCAGCUGAACAUGGGAGCUGAUGGACAGGGCCCCCAGCCUUCUGCCUAGUGUCUGACCACAGACCCUCAGCUGGUGUUGCUGAGGGACUUUCACUGCUCACCAAUUUAAUGUAAAACUUGAAUAGAAGAGGUGCCUCGUGCCUGUUACUUGUUCCUUCCCGUGGUUGUGUCCUGCCAUUCACCUCCAUGUUCUGUUUUCCUCUAGCUGUGAGAGGUGCAAAGCACAUGGGUGGGUGUAGGAGAGCUGGUUCUUUCUGCUCCCUGGCACUCACUUGGUUAAAGCUGGUUGUAGGAAAUCUGAUGCCAUGCAGGUAGUUUGCAAGCAGGCCCUCUUCACAAAGAGGAAAAAUGAUCUUUGCUCUCUUGUACUGUUAAAUCCAAGCAAGGAGUAUUAUGGCUUUAGCCUCUUUCCUCAGAAAAAGCACAGUAGGCAGAGGCUGUCCUGACUCCAGGCUUGUCCCAACUCUAACUCCGGUGACAGCCUUGGGGAGGGAGGUGCUAGGCCAGCUCCUGCCUUGAAACUACAACUUGUCCCUUAGUCACAUUAACUGUGAUGUACCAAAAAUUGGCACAUGGUCCCAGACCACUGGAUGCUUCCAUUCCCUGCCAAGCAGAUAAGACAAGCUACCAGGGUGAUGUUUUUGCUGUUAUUACUGGGAGCUGCCCAGCUUCUCUGGGUGCUGUUCCACACUCCAGGGUGGAGAGAGGCAGAGCAGCCUGGUUAGUCCCCACCACAGCAUCAGCUACAGAGAGCAGAGACAGGGGCCUGCCUGCCCUGGGAUGUGAGCAGAGCAUUCCCUGGACAUUCUGACAAGGCAUGAGCUGUCUGGUCUAACUUGUGAUCCUGUCAGGAUGGCCUGGAGCCAGCACUUUGAAGCAAGUCUUACUGUUCUACUUAUGUAAAGUUAAAGGAGUUUUUUUGGAAAGUUAAAGAGGUUAUUUAUAAGAAAUUGUUUUAUUAAAAUCAGUUUGAAACAAAAUAUGUUCCUGAGAGUCUCCACUAUGAGAACAACUAGAUUAGGCCUUGUAGUAGUAACAAAGGACCAAGGUGCAGAUUGUUGCCUAGCUUAGGACACAGUGCUUGUCCAAGAGUGUGUGUCUUUGAAAGGAAACUGUUCUGAGAAGCAAAACUGAGCAUACAGCCUCCCAAGAGAGAAACUUCUCUGCCUGGAAAGGAAAUGAGAGGGACUACAAAGAAUUCUUAAGUCUGCAUCCAUCUACUCCAUGAACUUUGUCCCCUGUGGAAAUCACAUUACCAUCUUCUUUCAGGUUCAACAGUCCAAGCCUCAGUCUUUCCACAUAAUUGCUGUAUCCCAACUGUACAAGUAAUAACCAACACCAUCCUGUAUUAGACACGCUAAAGCCAGGCUUAUUUAUUCUUAAAAUAAAAACAGCAGUAAAGUUGAA